UCCUCCUCCGGGCCGCCCACCCGGCUCCUCGCCCCGCCCAGGGGCUGUGGGGACUGGAAACCGAAAGUGCGCGGCGCCGGGCGGGGCCGCGACCUACCAGGGCCGGAGCUGAGCGCUGUCCCGGCCGAAGACGCGCCCGAGCCGUUACAGAUAACUUAAAGCCAGGUAAAGUGGAAGAAUCCUUGGCAUUCAGACAUGGAUGACAGAAGACCACAUCUGGAGGCCAGGCCCAGGAACCCCCCUCCCAGCCACAGAGGUCCUGUAGAUGGAGAAGUACCACCAAGAGCUAGAAAUCAAACCAGUAACCCAGCAGCCAGUGCAAUCCGUGGAGGAACCAACCAUCCUGGAAUGCAUCCUAGGGCCAGCAACCAUCCUGUUCCUUUCCGGCAGAGGGAAGAGAGAUUUAGGGCUAUGGGCAGGAACCCACAUCAGGGAAGAAGAAACCAGGAGGGGUAUGCCAGUGAUGAAGCUGGAGACCAGAGACAAAGCCAGAAUGAUACCAGGAGGAGAAAUGACAACCAGGAGGGCAGGAACCACAGACCACCAUGGUCCAACGAUAACUUCCAGCAGUGGCGAGGCCCACACCAGAAGCCAGCAGAGCAACCACAGCAGACAAAGAGACUGGGCUACAAGUUUCUGGAGAGUCUCCUACAGAAAGAGCCCUCUGAGGUAGCCAUCACACUUGCCACAAGUAUAGGGCUCAAGGAGCUGCUUUCUCAUUCUUCCAUGAAACCCAGCUUCCUUGAGCUGAUCUGCCAAGUUCUCCGAAAGGCUUGCAGCUCCAGGAUAGACCGUCAGAGCAUCCUGCAUGUGCUGGGCAUCUUGAACAACUCCAAGUUCCUCAGAGUCUGCCUGCCAGCUUAUGUAGUAGGAAUGAUUACUGAGCCCAUCCCUGACAUUCGAAACCAGUAUCCAGAACACAUAAGCAAUAUCAUCUCCCUUCUCCAGGACCUUGUCAGCGUCUUCCCCGCCAGCUCUGUGCAGGAAACUUCCAUGCUUGUCUCUCUCUUGCCAGCUUCUCUUAAUGCUUUAAGAGCCUCUGGGGUUGACAUAGAAGAGGAGACAGAGAAGAAUCUGGAAAAGGUACAGACCAUCGUUGAACAUCUGCAGGAAAAGAGGAGAGAGGGCACUUUGAAAGUAGAUACCUACACUCUAGUGCAGACUGAGGCAGAAGGCCAGGUUGAGAGCUACCGGGCCAUGCCCAUCUAUCCCACCUACAACGAAGUGCACUUGGAUGAGAGGCCCUUCCUUCGCCCCAACAUCAUUUCUGGGAAAUAUGAGAGCACUGCUGUCUACCUAGACACUCACUUCCGCCUCCUGCGAGAGGAUUUUGUCAGGCCCCUUCGAGAAGGCAUUUUGGAGCUUCUACAAAGCUUUGAGGACCAGGGUCUGAGGAAGAGGAAGUUCGAUGACAUCCGAAUUUACUUUGAUGCCAGGAUUAUCACCCCCAUGUGCUCAGCAUCAGGCAUCGUGUACAAAGUGCAGUUUGACACAAAACCACUGAAGUUUGUUCGUUGGCAGAAUUCCAAGCGACUGCUCUAUGGGUCAUUAGUGUGCAUGUCCAAGGACAACUUUGAGACGUUUCUUUUUGCCACUGUUUCAAACCGGGAGCAUGAAGAUCUCUGCCGAGGAAUUGUCCAGCUGUGUUUCAAUGAGCAGAGCCAGCAGCUGCUCGCAGAUGUCCAGCCUUCAGACUCUUUCCUCAUGGUAGAGACAACAGCCUACUUUGAGGCUUACAGACACGUCCUAGAAGGACUACAGGAGGUCCAGGAGGAAGAUGUCCCCUUCCAGAGGAACAUUGUGGAGUGUGACUCCCAUGUAGAGGAGCCAAGGUACUUACUAAUGGGUGGCAGAUAUGAUUUCACCCCCCUAAUGGAGAACCCCUCAGCUACUGGGGAGUGCCUGAGGGGUGCCAGGGUCUUUCGACGUACUAGAAUUAACGUCUUAGACUUCAGCCAGUGGCCCUCAAAAGAGACCCUGAAGUUGGAUGACUCCCAGAUGGAAGCCUUACAGUUUGCUCUCACAAGGGAGCUGGCUAUCAUCCAAGGACCUCCUGGAACAGGCAAAACUUACGUGGGUCUAAAAAUUGUCCAGGCCCUUCUGACCAAUGAGUCUGUUUGGCAAAUUAGUACCCAGAAGGUCCCCAUCUUGGUCGUCUGCUAUACUAAUCAUGCUUUGGAUCAGUUUCUAGAAGGCAUUUACAGGUGUCAGAAGACCAGCAUUGUACGAGUGGGUGGAAGGAGCAACAGUGAAAUCCUGAAGCAAUUCACCCUGAGGGAGCUGAGGAACAAGCGGGAAUUCCGCCGCAACCUCCCCAUGCACCUGCGAAGGGCCUACAUGAGUAUUGUGACAGAGAUGAAGGAGUCAGAGCAAGAACUUCAGGAAGGGGCCAAGACCUUGGAAUGCACUAUGCGUGGUGUCCUUCGGGAGCAACACCUGGAGAAGUACAUCUCUCCCCAGCACUGGGACAGCCUCAUGAAUGGACCUAUGCAGGAUGCUGACUGGGUCUGUGUCCAGCCCUCAAAGCAUUCCAUGAUGCUUGAAUGGCUGGGCCUUGGUGUGGGCACUUUUACCCAGAGUGCUUCUCCAGCAGGACCUGAGAGCACAGCCCAGGCAGAAGGAGAAGAGGAGGAGGAAGGGGAAGAGGAGGGUUCCCUGAUAGAGAUUGCAGAGGAAGCCGACCUGAUUCAAGCAGACCGAGUGAUUGAAGAGGAAGAGGUGGUGAGACCCCGGCGAAGAAAGAAGGAAGAGAAUGCAGUGGACCAGGAGCUGGCUAAAAUGCUUUUGGCCAUGAGACUAGACCAAUAUGGGCCUGUAACUACAGCUGGACAGGAGCAAGCUACGGAAGAGUGGGAGAUCCAGCACAACCAGAGGAGGAAGAUGAAGAGGAAAGUGAAGGUCGAGCUUCUCAAACUGAACACCAUGACUGAAGCGGAGGCCAGUGCGAUCCAGGACAUCUGGCAGCUGGACCUGAGUACCCGCUGGCAGCUGUAUAGGCUGUGGCUACAGAUGUACCAAGCUGACACUUGGCGGAAGAUCCUCAGCUAUGAACGCCAGUACCGCACAUCAGCAGAAAGAAUGGCUGAGCUGAGACUUCAGGAAGACCUGCACAUCCUUAAAGAUGCCCAGAUUGUGGGCAUGACAACCACAGGUGCUGCCAAAUACCGCCAGAUCCUUCAGCAGGUGGAGCCUCGUAUCGUCAUUGUAGAAGAGGCUGCUGAGGUUCUUGAGGCCCACACCAUUGCCACGCUAAGCAAAGCUUGCCAGCAUCUCAUUCUGAUUGGGGAUCACCAGCAGCUGCGUCCCAGCGCUAACGUGUAUGAUCUGGCCAAGAACUUUAACCUUGAGGUGUCCCUGUUUGAGCGGCUGGUAAAAGUGAACAUCCCCUUUGUCCGUCUGAAUCACCAGCACCGCAUGCGGCCUGAAAUUGCCCGCCUUUUGACCCCCCACAUUUACCAGGAUCUGGAGAACCAUCCCUCUGUUCUCAAGUAUGAGCAGAUUAAGGGGGUCUCCUCCAACCUUUUCUUUGUAGAGCACAACUUUCCUGAACAGGAUAUCCAAGAAGGCAAAAGCCACCAGAACCAGCAUGAGGCACACUUUGUGGUGGAGCUGUGCCAGUACUUCCUGUGCCAGGAGUACCUGCCCUCCCAGAUCACCAUCCUCACCACCUACACUGGGCAGCUCUUCUGCUUGCGCAAACUCAUGCCUGCCAAGACAUUCGCUGGCAUCAAGGUCCAUGUGGUGGACAAGUACCAAGGGGAAGAGAAUGACAUCAUCCUCCUCUCGCUAGUGCGGAGCAACCCAGAGGGCAAGGUGGGCUUCCUCCAGAUCCCCAACCGCAUCUGCGUAGCCUUGUCCCGGGCCAAGAAGGGGAUGUACUGCAUUGGGAACAUGCAGAUGCUUGCCAGGGUGCCCUUGUGGAGCAAGAUCAUCCACACCCUUCGAGAGAACAACCAGAUAGGCUCAUCCCUCCGCCUCUGUUGCCAGAACCACCCUGACACCCACACCCUGGUCUCCAAGGCUUCUGAUUUCCAAAAGGUGCCAGAAGGAGGCUGCAGCCUGCCCUGUGAGUUCCGGUUGGCCUGUGGGCAUGUGUGCACACGUGCCUGCCACCCAUAUGACUCCUCCCACAGAGAGUUCCAGUGUAUGAAGCCAUGCCAGAAAGUCAUCUGCCCAGAUGGGCACCGGUGCCCACUAGUUUGCUUCCAGGAGUGUCAGUCUUGUCAGGUCAAAGUGCCCAAAAUCGUUCUUCGGUGUGGUCACCAACAGAUGGUCCCUUGUUCAGUGCCAGAAUCAGAUUUUUGUUGCCAGGAGCCUUGCCCCAAGGUACUAAGAUGUGGCCACAGGUGCAGCAACCUGUGUGGUGAGGACUGUGUGCGACUAUGUUCAGAAAAGGUCACUGUGAAACUUAAGUGCGGGCACAGUCAACAGGUGAAGUGUGGCAAUGUAGAAGAUGUAAAAUACGGUCUGUCAGUCAAGUGCACUACCAAGUGUGACACCAUCCUAGACUGUGGCCACCCUUGCCCAGGCUCCUGUCACAGCUGCUUUGAAGGGCGCUUCCAUGAGCGCUGUCAACAGCCCUGCAAGCGCCUGCUCAUCUGCUCACACAAGUGCCAGGAGCCCUGCAUUGGUAAGUGCCCACCCUGCCAGCGGACAUGCCAGAACCGCUGUGUCCACAGUCAGUGCAAGAAGAAGUGUGGGGAGCUGUGCAGCCCCUGCGUGGAGCCCUGUGUCUGGCGCUGCCAGCACUACCAGUGCACCAAACUCUGCUCAGAGCCCUGCAACCGGCCCCCGUGCUACGUGCCUUGUACUAAGCUGCUGGCUUGCGGCCACCCUUGCAUUGGUCUCUGUGGGGAGCCAUGUCCCAAGAAGUGCCGUGUCUGCCAACUGGAUGAGGUCACCCAAAUCUUUUUUGGCUUUGAGGAUGAGCCUGAUGCUCGCUUUGUGCAACUGGAAGAAUGUAGCCAUAUCUUCGAGGUGCAAGCCCUGGACCGCUACAUGAAUGAACAGAAGGAUGACGAAGUUGCCAUCAGACUGAAAGUGUGCCCCAUCUGCCAGGUACCCAUCCGCAAAAACCUGAGGUAUGGAACCAGCAUCAAGCAGCGGCUGGAAGAGAUAGAAAUUGUCAAGGAAAAGAUCCAGGGCUCUUCACGGGAGAUUGCAGCCAGCCAGGAACAACUUAAGGCCCUGCUGAAGAGCAAGGCUCUCUUUUUCCAGGUGCGCCCUGAAGAAUUCCUGAUGCUUGAAGAGAAACUGGCCCAGAAAAACCUGUCAGUGAAGGACCUGGGGCUUGUGGAGAACUCCAUCAGCUUCUACGACCACUUGGCCAACCUGGAAGGGUCCCUGAAAAAGGUGCAUUACUUAGAACGUCAGAGAGUGAGGACUCGACUCGAACAGGUCUAUGAAUGGCUGGCCAAGAAGCGCCUCAGCUUCAGCAGCCAGGAAUUGAGUGACCUCCAGAGUGAAAUCCAGAGGCUCACCUAUCUUGUGAACCUCCUAAUGCGCUGCAAGAUGGCAAAGGAGAAGGUGAAAGGCAGCGUAGCAGAAGAGGUCUCCAGCAUCCGGAAUAUUCUCGAAAAAACAUGUAAGUUCACCCAGGAAGACGAACAGCUUGUGCAGAAAAAGAUGGAUGCUCUGAAAACUACCCUUCCUUGCUCUGGUCUGGGUAUCUCAGAGGAAGAACGAGUGCAGAUUGUCACCGCCUUGGGUGUUCCUCGUGGCCAUUGGUUCAAGUGCCCCAACGGCCACAUCUAUGUGAUCACUGAGUGUGGGGGAGCCAUGCAGAGAGGCACCUGUCCUGAGUGCCAGGAGGUGAUUGGCGGUGAAAAUCAUACUCUAGAGAGGAGCAACCAGCUGGCCCCCGAGAUGGAUGGAGCCCAGCACCCUGCCUGGUCAGACACAGCCAACAAUCUGAUGAACUUCGAGGAGAUCCACAGGAUGAUAUAAAAGAUGGCACCUCGAGGCCUUUUACCCUGCCACCUCAGAGCCAGGGUUGGCUCCCCUGCAGAGGAACCACUUUAUUAGUGUCCUUUAAUCUUCACGCUUGUCUAAGGAUCCACUUUUAGGGCUUGCCCACGUGACUCUAGAUGUGCCCCUGCGCUAGAAUAAGCACUUUACCUCCAGCACUGAACAGAGCCCACAGUUCUCACCUCCUCUCCCACAGCAAGUGGGGCUCCUGGGAGCAUCUAGCCUCCACCUGGGGCUAUUAGGGUAACUGGGCCCUGGCAUGGUUAGCACUUGUGCGUGCUCCCAGGGUGCACUGCUUCUCAUAGCCAGGCCCUAACUUGCAGACUAACUUCUACUGUAAUGACAGCGACCCAGAGCUUUAGGAACCAUGUGCCCAAGGAGCAUAAGAACCCAGCACCCUACUCCUUGGCUCAUGCCCUCCUGGAGAAGGCCUGUGACAGACACUUCACCAAGGCCCCUUGACCCAGUUACAUAGUUACCAUCACUAGCAAGGUCCCAUGGGUAGGGCUUCCACAGCAGGCACAGGUUGAGUGACUCCUGCACCCUCCUGAAACUUGCACUCAAAUAGCAAGGCUGGGGGUUGGGGUCGGUCUCUACCUCUGUAGGAGGGUUCAGUGGCGGUGCUGUCGGCAUUCAGUGUCCCAGCACCUCCCUCUCAGCCUUUGCCUGGACAGGGUCAGCGUGCCAGCAGCCUCUGCAGACCCACAGCCUGUGUCUGCAGUUCUGUCCAGUGUUCCUUAGAACAGACUAAGGCAUCUCAGGUCCUUUCUAAUGUUGGCCAGAAAAGCCCCUUUCUUAUGUAUGCAUUUUUUUUGUCUUUACUAUGCACUUUAGCCUAUAAAGCCAAUUAAUAAAAACAAUGAUUAAAAAGAAA